UAUUGUGAAUGUCAAAACAAAGUCAGCUGUUCGCCUCGUUGCUGCCGGUUUAUAAAAUAAAUUGCGAAAGGUUGUGCAAUUUUAGCAGCUUGUACUCAAGUUUCGCGGAGAACUUUUAUGUUUGGGUUAAAGGUGACUGCCCUGAAGUGAGCCUCGAAUUUCAUCACAGCUUCUGCCACUGAACUCAAUAAAUAGCUAAGUUUCUUAGUGCGGCGUUCAUGUUUGUACAACUAGCAAAGGGUCGGCUUGGUAACAAUUUGAAUCUCACACCAUUCCGGUUUCUGGCUCGACGCGCCAGGAUGGACACGGAGAAUGUUUAUAUUCGAAACGAGAGCGACAGCAAUGAAUUAAACAUUGCCUUCCGAUAUGUCAAUGAAAAGUUCAACGUGGACCGGGAGUUCAACUUUUGCAGGAAGCCGGAAGAGCUGACGCAGACUGUCCUGGCCAGGAUCCAGACCAAUGUCCACAAGGAGCUGUCCAAAAAACUGAAAAAGAAACUCGAUCAGCUGCCUGCCGAAGUGAAUGUGAAUCUCUACCAAGAGGGCUCAGAUGCUUCUUUCAAUGAAAUCACGUUCGCAGAACUGCUUAGCAGUAAUGUGAACGGAGUUAAACUAAAGGUCCUGGAGCAUUCCUUCAAUAUGGUGGUCAACCCGCCCUGGGUAAAAAUCCUACAGCUACCAAAGUGCAUCUUGGCCGGAUGUCUGGUAUAUCCCACAAAGUUCGAGAUGCAGUUCGGAAACCGGGAGAGCAGUGAAGGCACGUGGUACAGGUCCAAGGUUCCCGGAAGUAGUCAGUGGGAGCUUUGCGGCCAGGGCUUUCGCUACGAGCCCAAGUCUGAGGACAUCGGGUACUUCAUGAAGUUCGUAGUCGCCCCGAAAAACGACAAGGGAAUGGUGGGCCCGCUGAUGGAAAGUGUUUCCAAGUCUGCAGUGCUGGCGGGACCAGGGACAUGUCCCUUCGAAGCGCGACAAAAGUACACACCGACAUUCCUGAAAGGCUCCGAUGAAUUGCGGGUAAUGACCUAUAACCUCCUGGCGGACUUGUACACAGACAGUGACUACAGCCGCACGCACUUGUUCCCCUACUGCCCUCCCGAGUAUCUCCAAAUAGACUACAGGAAACAACUCUUCGUGAAGGAGAUAACUGGCUACCAUGCGGAUCUGAUUUGCCUUCAGGAAGUCGACCAAAGGAUCUUCGACGUGGAUCUGCAGGAAGUCCUCACCCAACCGCCAAAUAAUUUCCAGGGCUUCUUGUCCCAAAAGGGCGAUUGUCCAGAGGGUGUGGCCAUUUUCUACAGAACCUCACGAUUCGAGCUGAUACAGUCCCACACAUUGAACUUGGGGAAAAAUAUUCCCACCCUGGAUAUCUUCCAGAGCCUGUGGAGUAAAAUCAAGAGCAAUGGCCAGUUGGCGAAGAGAAUCUGCGAUAGAACCACAACCGUGCAAAUAUGUUUGCUGAAAGUGAAGGACUCUGACCACUUCGUGCUGGUGGCCAACACGCAUUUAUACUUCCAUCCCGACGCGGAUCACAUCAGGCUGUUGCAGAUGUGCUUCUCCAUCAUCUACGUGGAACACAUCCGAAGUGAGGUUCUCAGGGACUUGAACAUUGCCAACCCCAACAACGUAGGACUCGUGUUCUGCGGGGACUUCAACAGCACUCCCGACUGCGGGAUCUACAAGCUGAUGACCGAGAAGGUCGUGGACUCGAGCCUGGACGACUGGCGCAGCAACUCCGAGGAGGCUGUUUCAGGGGUGGAGGUCUCACAGCCCUUUGAAAUGAGUUCGGCCUGCGGCACGCCACCUUUCACCAACUUUACGACUCUGUUCUCCGGAUGCCUGGACUACAUCUACUACCAGAAGGACCGAUUCGAGGUGAUGCAGACUGUUCCCCUGCCAUCCGAGGCCGAGUUGAGAGAAAACACUGCCAUACCGUCUUCGGUCUUUCCAUCAGAUCACGUGGCUCUUAUAGCCGAUCUCAAAAUUAGGCCAGCUUAGGAUUUUUACUCGGCGCUAAGCCCCAAAAUAUAAGCAUUUUGUGAAGUUAUUAAGUCAGAUUUAAUAAAUUUGUUCGAGCAAUAAAAACCAUCUAA